CUUCCCCCCACCCGACCCUACACCUUACACCUCUUCGUAUGCAGGUGUAUGUAUAUGUGUAUACAUAGAACACCGUUAAGGGUUUCUUGUUUUUAAUCAGAGUUGAGAAUUUCACAUUUCAUCCAGUUAUAUUGUACGUAAUGCUUUGAAAUUUGCACAUUUUGUAUAAUCAAUCAAUUUGUGGGAGAAAAAUGGAGGAAGAAUUGUUAAAGCGCAACACUGAUUGUGUCUAUUUCUUAGCCUCUCCCCUCACUUGCAAGAAGGGAAUAGAAUGUGAAUAUCGACAUAGUGAGAUAGCUAGGCUCAACCCCAGGGAUUGUUGGUACUGGCUGGCAGGAAGCUGUCUUAAUCCAACAUGCGCUUUUCGGCAUCCGCCAUUAGAGAGCCGUGCUGAGACGUCAUCUGAAUCUGCUCCUCCUCACAAUAAAUCUGCAGUGCCUGUUAACAAGACAAAUGUUCCCUGUUACUUCUAUUUCAAUAGCUAUUGCAAUAAAGGUGAAAGAUGUUCAUUUUUGCAUGGACCUGAUGACAGUACAACUGCAUGGAAAUCCUCGAUAAUAGUGUCUGGAGUCCCUGAUGGACCAACAGCUGAGAAAAAGACAUCUGCAGGAAGUGAAACUGGUCCUGCAUCAGUGGAGAAGCCCUCUAAUUCUUCUGAAACUGGGUCCAAGGCAGCAGCACGUGAAUAUAUCAAGUCAAAAGUGGAUCUCCAUUUGAUGACUAAUGAUGUAGGUGAGCAGAUUGCUUCUUAUGAGACUUCAGGAUCUCCUUCUGAAGAAGCUACUGCAGUAAGGUUAGAUUCCUUAGUACCUGCUGAAGGCUUUACCCAAGGAGGAUCCGAUUUGUCCCCAGACCGGAGCUCAGACGAAGAAGUGGAGGACAAUGUGGAGAGAGAGGAGUGGUUGGAAUCAUCUCCUGGUUUUGAUGUUCUUGUUGAUGAUAGAAUAGAAGGUUUGAGUCACGAAGAUGAUCAUAGUUACCUACUGCAGCAUGAUAUGGAAGACAGGGAGUUUGACGAGCGGUUUGCUGGAUUUGAUUUUGAGAACAACCUUGAGUAUGAUCCUGCAUAUCCAGACAUGAGAAUUGUGUCUGAAGAACUAGACGAUUCUUAUUAUGAUAAUGUUGAGAAUCAUGAAAUAAAUGAAUAUGUCAGAGAAAUCGUUGUCCCUGCUCAUGGAAGACACAGUGUACCACAUAAAAGAAAGUUGCCUAGAGAACUGGCUUAUCGUGGCGGAGGCAAUGUGGACCUUCGGGACCUUCUGAAGAAGCGUCGAGUCAUUGAAAGUGAUCCUCCAAAUUACUUGUCCAGAAGGUUAGACCUGUCUAGGUUGAAUGCUCGUGAGCAACGCAGGGAUAGGCAUCGGCCACAAGGUUCUCGGUGGAUGCCUCAUAGACUAGCUUCAAAAGUGGAGACUAAUGCUUCUUUCUCCUCCUUUGAGGAUGACACUGUACUUGAAAGUUCCAAUCAUCUGAAAAAGUUGAGACAAUCUCAAGGAAGCAGUUACAGACAUCAGCAUUUCAAGGACAGGAGACGGGGCAGGUCCCGGCCUUUUGCAAAUGAAGCCCCUAGGAGGAUGGCUUCUAGGCAGAGAUUGACUGAAGUUCCUAAGAUCUUUGGUGGACCAAAGACACUAGCUCAAAUUAGAGCAGAAAAGAGAAAAGGAAGAGAAGAUGGAAAUUCUUUUGAGAGGAUUGUGCCAUCUGGAGGAAGUGAAAGAGAAGAUUUUUCAGGUCCAAAACCUCUGAGUGAAAUUCUCAAAGUCAAAAGAAGGCUGGAUUCAGUAGUGACCUCAAACAAUUAGUAGAGUUUUAAGGGCUUGAUGAAACAUGUCUGAUAGGAUAUCAGUAGGAUAAUAUGAAAACUUAGUUCUGAAAAAGCUUUUACUGUAGCUUGGUUCAAGGUUUUGUUUUGACAGUGUUAAAUGGAAGUGAAAAUGGUGUAAAUCUUUUUGGAGGUACUUGAAACUUACAAGAUUUUGAAA